CAGACAAGCAUGUUCCUCUCACCUGCCCCUGCAUUAAGAGUGCCAACCAAACCGAAAUAUCCUGGUGAUCCGCUUCGAGCAGGCGAAAUCAGGGUCUUGUGGCUGCAGCCUGGCAAAUGGACUGACCCCAUUGUUUGCGAACUCUCCAACGCCGAGAUCGAAUUCGUGCGAUACCGAGCACUAUCCUAUGUAUGGGGCUCACAGCUUCACCAGCGCUCCGUCCGACUUAAUGGUCGUAGCUAUCCCGUAACCUUGAAUUUGGAGAGUGCGUUGAGACACCUACGAGCAAAGUACAACAGAGGAUUAGUCCUUUGGGUUGAUGCGUUACGCAUUGACCAGGUGAAUGGCGAAGAAAGGACUCAUCAGGUUCAGCUCAUGGGGCGCAUUUAUGCGAGUUGCCAAGAAUGUCUCGUAUACCUGGGACAGAGCCUCGAUAGCACUGUUGGAGCAUUGACUGAGCCAACAUCUGUUCUAGACUUUGGGAAAUAUCGCACGCAUGUCCAUGCUCAAACCACCUUGAAGCCAAGCCACAAGCCAGGACUAUACGACGUGUUUGAGUUCUUCUAUAAGUUGAGCGAGUCCAAUCACUUGCAUGAAAUCUUGCCCGCUCAUGGUGGGCAGGAAGAAGCAGGCACGAAUUCCGAGGAUCACAAGAGCUACAAGAACAGUAUGCAUUUUUUCGAGACACUGCGAAUGUUCAUGCAUGCCCCAUUUACGCCCUGGUGGUCCAGAAUAUGGGUAAUACAAGAGGUGGCACUUCCUCCCCAAGUUGUCAUCCUCUACGGUACAAUUUCUGCGCCAUGGACCAUGUUCGCUAAGGCCGCAAAGGAGUACCAAAUCCACAGUAGUUCGUGCUGCCGUGAGUUUCUCCAAAACUUGCCUCGAGAUGAAGAAGCUGUCGUGCACAACAGUUUCGAGACCAUGUCAAAGGUAGAAGAUCUCCGACAGCGUUACCAUACGCAUCAGUCAGAAACUGCUUACUUGGGCCUGUUGGAAUUGCUAAGGCUAUUCCGAGACAAGAAGGCAUCUGACCCCAAAGACAAGGUGUUUGCUCUCCUUAGCAUGGCGGAAUUUGUGCCUGGUAGAGAACCCUUGACACCAGAUUACUCGCUGAGCGAAAAAGAAGUCUAUCGCCAAGCAACGCUGGAGUCAAUAUACUCGACCAGGUCGCUUUCAGUGUUUAGUACGGAACUGGGAAGAAAGUUCAGAAGUGACUUGCCAUCAUGGGUUCCAGAUUGGGGUGCGCCAGGAAGUCAUACAUAUCACUUGCGAGCAAAAGCGAUAAAAUACUACAACGCAUGCGGAAGAGAAGCUACACCGGAUUCAAUAAUACCGAUAGGAAACUUCAAAAGUAACCUUGGAGACCCACCAUCUCUGCCAUUGAAGGAAAAACUUGAAGAAUUAAGACGCCACAGAAAUAUGUACAUGAAGGACAAACUUAGCUUACAAGGCCUGAGGAUUAUGCGAGUGGAGGAGGUGGGCGAGAUCAUGUGGGGGGACGACCCUGCUAGCAGCCGGCACACGCUCUUACAAUGGUUUCAUACGUGGCUGCGACACGCGAAACCAUUCGGGGAGGCAUGGCAUCGUGUGUUGCUGCGAGACAUGAAAUCCUUCUCGGAGGACACGUUUCCGGUGUAUACUGAGAGUUUGCAGCCAUCGCAGAGAGUUCCCCUGUUCAAGUUCUGGAGAACCAUCUGCGCCGAUGUAAUCCACGAACACAUAACAACGGGGAGUAUACGGAGAGUACUGGCCGAAGACAUGUCCACUUUUGAAACAUGGAUGAGAUACUCGAGCAUGUCACCUUUCAGCAGUGCAGAAAACAGAAAGCAAGCUGGGGUUUGGUCUAGCAAAGCGGAGUUGUGGAGUCUUUUCCUCUUCGUAUGGCCGACAGCACCGGACAAGGGCAUGUCAGAUGCACCAGACACUGCGUAUGUUCCCAUGCACUUGGAGGAUCGCCAACUUGUGUACAACCUACUGCUUGACUUAAUGCAAGCCUCCGGACUGAAGAUCUUAGUCAUUAAGUGGAGCGCUGGGGAUGAUUGCGCGUGGAAAACGAUUUAUCUAAGAUUGGUCUUCGAACUCACACGCUCUUACGGAACUAGUAUAGGCUUGUAUACGGACAGAGAAAAGAGCCAGAUUCCUAGUGUAGAGCGGUCGGUAAGCAUAGCGACAUUGUCGCGACGGCUGAUCUGUGGUGAUGGGCUGAUCGGGCUGGGCCCAGCGGACAUGGCUGUUGGAGACGAACUGUUUCUUCUGCCUGGAGGAAAGACGCCAUUUGUCUUGCGUCCGUUGGGCGACAAGUGUUGGGGUGGUAAGUCGCGUUGCUUUAAGUACGAGAUCAUAGGUGACUGUUACUUGAAUGGGUGGAUGGAUGGAGGCGCAAAGGUCAGCUCACGAGAAUGGGUCGACAUUGUGAUUGUGUGAAUUCUUUUCAAGUGGUUGAGCCGAGAAGAUUUGUGGAUAUCAGCAGGCCUUCGUGCUUAGUAUACAUAUGACCUGAAAUGUCAUCAAGGAGAGGAUUGUAUAGUGAGCAGCU